GUCGCACGCAGGCAAGUUAAGUCGAGACUUUUCAAUUGAGCAAACCAUUUUGGACAGGUUAGCAGUAUAUAGCAUGUUAAUUAAUACCACUCAUGGUAACACAAGCACAGGAAGGUAAGCUAAGCUAUGCUAUGCCAAGCUAGAGGUCCCUCACUCCCUACCUCUGGUCCCAACAGCACCUUCUCCAUUCCUGAACUCUUGCUAGCUUAGCUAGGUAGCUACAGCUUCUCACCAAUCCUUCCAUUCUCCGUUCAUCAUGCCAACACGCCAGCGAGGUUGAUGAUGCGUCUGUUUAAUUGCCGGGAUUAGUCAGCUAGCUCGGGUUCUUGCGUUUGGGGUGACCAGUUAACAAUGGAGACGCAGAGGGUGGCGGUGCUGGUGGAGGACGCGCCGGCGUCCCGGGCCGCGCUGCAGUGGGCGGUGCGCAACUUCAUCCGCGGCGGCGACUCCAUCGCGCUGCUCCACGUGUGCCCGCCCUCGCGGUCCAGGCGGCGGCGCCGCGGCCUGCGCCUCCGCGGCUUCCAGCUCGCGCUCGCCUUCAAGGACCUCUGCAACGGCAUCGCUGAGGCGAAGGUGGAGAUCGUGGUGCGGGAGGGGGAGCUCGGGGAGACGGUGGCGGCGGCGGUGGGCCAGCUCAAAGCCACCACGCUCGUGCUCGGCAUCCACGACAAGAGCUUCAUCUACAGCGCGCCGAGCCCGUCCGCCGGAGUGAGCAGCCUGGGGUGCAGGGUCCUGGCCAUCCGGCAGAACGCCACGGCGCGGCACGGGUUCAUGGAGGCGGAGCUCAUCCAGAUCGAGACCAUCAGAUUGCACGUUCCGGCGCCCAAGAUCCCGUUCCCGAUCUUCACGCUGCCGCUGGGCGUGAUAUGGAGGAGAUCUUCGUCAAAGAGGAGGAAAUGAUACAAGGAAAAAAGAAAGAAUAGAAAGAAGAACAGUGUUGAUCAUAGGAUGGGUUUUGUCAUAGGGAGCGGCAGAUCGAGCCGGCCUGUACUGGCCAUGCUGUUCCUCUGCUGGAGUCAUCGAUCCCUUGCUUGCUUGCUAGCCUUGCCUUUGUACAAACAUCUUCUGUAGUUUUAUCAGAAUUUGACUGACACAGCACACCACAUCAAGAUAAGAGAACAAGUGCAUGAUUUACUA